CGUGAACGAUGCUUUUUACUGAUAAUGACCGUCAAGUUGCUUAAAGGAAGACGAUCUUUCAGGUCUUUUUGUGUGCUGACAUUGUUAGCGACUUUACGGGUGGGGUCACGUGAUCUGUUGUGUCAACACGAGGGCCGCCGCCCUGCAGGCGUUCCCGCCGGCGGCGUCCACGGCCAGUGGGCGGGGCUAACGCUGGCCCUGCUCUCCGCCAUCCUGAUAGGCGGAAGUGUCAUCCUGAAGAAGAAAGCUCUCCUGCGAUUGGCCAACAGGGGGCAAACGAGAGCAGGUGAAGGAGGUCAUGGCUACCUGAAGGACUGCUUGUGGUGGAGCGGCCUGCUGACCAUGGGCGCCGGGGAGGCCUGUAACUUUGCGGCCUACAUGUUCGCUGCAGCCACGCUGGUGACGCCAUUGGGCGCCCUGAGCGUUCUUGUCAGCGCACUAUUUUCCUGCUUCCUGUUGGGGGAGGAGUUAAGCGUGCUAGGGAAGCUGGGCUGUCUACUUUGUGUGCUGGGAAGCAUCCUGCUCGUCAUCCACGCCCCUCAGGAACAGGAAGUGACAUCACUGCAGGAAAUGAGCGCCAUGCUGCUGCAGCCCGGUUUCGUGGCGUUCAUGACGUCCGUGUCGCUGCUCUGCGGCGGCCUUGUCGGCGUCUCGUGGUUGGCGCCCGGCGUGGCGCGCUCCAGCGUUGUGCUGUACGUCGCCAUCUGCUCGCUGCUGGGAGCCUUCACCGUGUCCUCCAUCAAGGGCCUCGCCAUCGCCAUCCGCAGCGCCGUCCAUGACGUGGCCGCACUGUCUCAUCCUCUCACCUGGAUCCUGCUGCCCGUCCUCCUCGUCUCCAUAGUAACGCAGGUGCACUACCUGAACAAGUCUCUGGACACCUUCGACACGCAGCUGGUCUACCCCGUCUACUACGUCCUCUUCACCUCCGUCGUCCUGUGCACCUCCGUCGUCCUCUUCCGGGAGUGGAACAACAUGGCGGCCGUGGACGUCGUCACGACCAUCGGCGCCUUCCUGAUCAUGGUGGUGGGCGUGGUCAUGCUCCAGUUAUUCAAAGAGACGCAGAUCACCAUGACGACGCUGACCAAUCAGCCGGCUCAGCCUGUGGAGAGGGAGGAGCUUGCGGACGCAGUUGCGGACAAUCCGGGAGGAGCACGAGGAGGAGGCGGGGCUACCAAAGAGGAUAAAUACACACUAGUGGACAACAUGGUGGUCGACAGUCGCCCCCCGGUGGCCAGUGAAGGACCGACAGUCUUCAUCAUCAGCUGACACUUUCGACCUCACAUGUUCUACAUAAUCAUGUACAAUUAUAUUUUAAAAACAUUUUGUCCCAUUUGAAAAUGGUCUUUGAUAAAAUGACAACUUUCUGUUAGCCUGUGUAUUAGUUAGCACGUUAGCUUGUGUUGGUUAGCAUGUUAGCCCGUGUGCCAGUUAGCAUGUUAGCCCAGUUGUCAGUUAGCAUGUAAGCCCAUGUGUCGGUUAGCAUUUCAGCCUGCGUGUUAGUUAGCGUGUUAGCCCGUGUAUUAGUUAGCGUGUUAACCCGUGUGUCAAUUAGCAUUUUAGCCUGCGUGUUAGUUAGCGUGUUACCCCCUUUGUUAGGCGUGUUAGCCCGUGUGUCAGUUGUCAUGUUAGCCUGCGUGUUAGUUAGCAUGUUAGCUUGUGUGUCAGUUAGUAUGUUAGCCUGCGUGUCAGUUAGCAUGUUAGCCUUUGUGUUAGUGUGUUAGCCCGUGGGUUAGGCGUGUUAGCCUGUGUGUCAGUUAGCGUGUUAGCCCCUUUUUCAGUAAACAUGUUAACCUGCAUGUCAGUUAGCGUGUUAACUUGCGUGUUAGUUAACAUGUUAGCCUGCGUGUAAGUUAGCAUGUUAGCCUGCGUGUUAGUUAGCAUGUCAGCUUGUGUGUCAGUUAGUGUGUUAGACCGUGCAGUUAGCAUGUUAACCUGCGUGUCAGUCAUCAUGUUAGCCUGCGUGUCAGUUAGCAUGUUAACAUGCGUGUUAGUUAGCGUGUUAGCCUGCGUGUCAGUUAGCAUGUUAGCCUGCAUGUCAGUUAGCAUUUUAGCCUUCGUGUUAGUUAGUGUGUUAGCCCUUGGGUUAGGCGUGUUAGCCCGUGUGUCAGUUAGUGUGUUAGCCCGUGUUUCAGUUAGCAUGCUAGCCUGCAUGUUAGUUAGUAUGUUAGCCUGUGUGUUAGUUAGCAUGUUAGUUUGUGGGUUAAUUAACGUGUUAGCCCGUGUGUCAGAUAGCAUGUUAGCCUGCGUGUCAGUCAGCAUUUUAGCCUGCGUGUUAGUUAGCAUACUAGCCUGUGUGUCAGUUAGCGUGUUAGCCCGUGUCAGUUUGCAUGUUAACCUGCGUGUCAGUCAGCAUGUUAGCCUGCGUGUCAGUUAGCGUGUUAGCCUGCGUGUCAGUUAGCAUGUUAGCCUGCGUGUCAGUUAGCACGCUAGCCUGCGUGUCAGUCAGCAUUUUAACCUGCAUGUCAGUUAGCAUGUUAGCCUUCGUGUUAGUUAGCAUGCUAGCCUGUGUGUCAGUUAGCGUGUUACCCCGUGUCAGUUAGCAUGCUAACCUGCGUGUCAGUCAGCAUCUUAGCCUGCGUGUCCGUUAGCGUGUCAGUUGGCAUGUUAGCCCGCAUGUCAGUUAGCGUGCUAGCCUGUGUCAGUCCCCAUGUUAGCCUGCGUGUCAGUUAGCGUGUUAGCCUGCAUGUCAGUUAGCAUGUUAGCCUGUAUGUCAGUUAGCGUGUUAACCUGCGUGUUAGUUAGCGCAUUAGCAAAGGAACACGAUGCUGUUACUUGAAACAUCUUUAUUAGCAUUUGUAAACAAGCACGUUCAUGUGAACAUUUAUUCCAGGUAGCACAAAUAUGAACAAGCUGGUGGUGAAUUAUUCCAAUCAGUAUGCUAAUUAACUAGGCUGACCAUAGGUCCUCUUUUCAUGUCCUCUUUUGCGGGGGGUGUCCGGGCGUUUUUUUUUUUUAAAUGCCUCAAUUGUCCGGCAUUUUGAAUUAGGGUUGCGUGUAUUUUCAAUGUACGUCCAGGGUUAAGUUACCGUAUAUAUGUUACUCGAGUUGGUGAAUUCUAGCUGUAAAUAUUGUAGCGCCUGGCUACGGGGUGUUAGCCAAUGGCUUUGGCUGGGGGGCGGGACUUCCGGGGAGGAUAGGGAAGUGACGCUAUUGACAGGAAGUGUUGGUUCGAGUUUUGCCGGGAAAGGUCCUAUUUUUGUUUUAAAUGUUGACUCUGCAUUAUUUUUUUUAUUUUAUUUUUACAGAAGCUUAAAAUAAUUGGCUCAGAAAUGCUACCUCUGUUUUUGUUGUUUUAACUGAUUUGAGAAAUACCUAUGGUGUAUUCUCUGAGAACAUCUGUUUUUGUUUCAAAUGUUUUAAGGCAUUAUUUAUAUUUUUUUACAUUAAAAGGGUCCACUAGACUGAGAAGAGACAUUUUAAAGAA